AUGUUAUUGUUGAAAAGAGCAAGUUCCGCUCGAUUGGCGAUCAACGAGGAAAAUAAAUACGAAUUCAUCUUAUCAACAUAUGAUCCACAACUACCGGAAUCAGAUAAACAUAAACUAGGAUAUUUCGGAAUACCCACUCUUGUCAAAAUCAAAUCACCGACCAAACAGAUAUUUUACGAUGUAGAAUUCGCGAAGAAAGGAUCAAAACAGAUUAUGAUAAAAUGGAAAACUCGCAAAAUAACUGACAAGACAACAUAUAGUAUCAUAAUAUUUCAUGGUUUGGUCGAUCAACCACUGAAAACAGAAACUCAUUCAAAAUCUCCCAAACGUUUUAUAAUAAUACCUGUUCAAUUGAAACAAAAACACAGAGUGAUUGUUGCUCAAUAUUGUGAUGGUAAACUGGAUUGGCCAAUCGUUAUCGAUUUUUGGAUUCCAUGUAAAUUUCCACUUUCAUUUGUAAAGAUUCUCAUGAAUUUUAUGGUGUGA